GCCUUCACGUAAAUGGGUCCAGUCAUGCCUCCCAGUAAGAAGCCAGAAAGCUCAGGAAUUAGUGUCUCCAGUGGGCUGAGUCAGUGUUACCGGGGCAGCGGUUUCUCCAAGGCCCUUCAGGAAGACGAUGACCUCGACUUUUCUCUGCCUGACAUCCGAUUAGAAGAGGGGGCCAUGGAAGAUGAAGAGCUGACCAACCUGAACUGGCUGCACGAGAGCAAGAACCUGCUGAAGAGCUUCGGGGACUCUGUCCUGCGGAGCGUGAGCCCCGUCCAGGACCUGGACGAUGACACGCCCCCAUCCCCUGCCCACUCCGACAUGCCCUACGAUGCCAGGCAGAACCCCAACUGCAAACCCCCCUACUCCUUCAGCUGCCUCAUAUUUAUGGCCAUCGAGGACUCUCCAACCAAGCGCCUGCCGGUAAAGGAUAUCUACAACUGGAUCUUGGAACAUUUUCCGUAUUUUGCAAACGCACCUACUGGGUGGAAAAACUCAGUGAGACAUAAUUUGUCCUUGAAUAAGUGUUUUAAGAAAGUGGACAAAGAGAGGAGUCAGAGUAUCGGGAAAGGGUCAUUGUGGUGCAUAGACCCAGAGUAUAGACAAAAUCUAAUUCAGGCUUUGAAAAAGACACCUUAUCACCCACACUCGAAUGUGUUCAAUACACCUCCCGCCUCUCCUCAGGCAUAUCAAAGCACAUCAGGUCCACCCCUCUGGCCGGGCAGCACCUUCUUCAAGAGAAAUGGAGCCCUUCUACAAGGCGUCAUUUUGCAGGGGGACAUUCUUUCUGCUGUCCAGUCCAUCCUCAGCUGCCUUGCACGACUUCCUGUCCAAUGCACUCGAGGAAUUCAAACCGCCUUUCAUCUCUACUUUUGCUGUCAGAUUUCUUUAAAAAUGGCCAAAGUCGAAGAAGAACACAUAGCUAAAAAUGUUCCUCCAGGAGUGAUACAAAACGGAACGCGGGUUCUGAGCCGAGGCCUGUUUCCCGGAGUCCGGCCAUUGCCAAUCACUCCCAUUGGAAUGACAGCAGCCGUGAGGCACCAUCAGGAUUACCGCUGCCGUGCAGACGGGAUCGGUGCUCGUUCCACAGGGUGUGUGGCCGAACCAGCAAUAAGCAUCACAGUCCUUGCUGCUAUGCCAGGCGCUGGUCCAGGUGCCGGCAGGCGUUCGCCCACAUCCUCAGCCCAACAACCCCGUGAAGCAGGGGGCAGAUGCUAUACCCACUUUGCCACUAAGGAAGCACAAGGGAGGAACGGCCUCACCAGCUGCCGGAUGCGGACUGAGAGCGAGCCGUCGUGUGGCUCCCCGGUGGUCAGUGGAGACCCCAAGGAGGAUCACAACUACAGCAGUGCCAAGUCCUCCAACGCCAGGAGCACCUCGCCCGCCAGCGACUCCGUCUCCUCCUCCUCGGCCGACGACCACUACGAGUUUGCCACCAAGGGGAGCCAGGAGGGCAGCGAGGGCAGCGAGGGCAGCUUCCAGAGCCACGAGAGCCACAGCGAGACGGAGGAGGAUGACAGGAAACGCAGCCCGAAGGAGGCCAAGGAUGCCCUGGGGGACAGCGGCUACGCGUCCCAGCACAAGAAGCGCCAGCACCUCGCCAAGGCAAGGAAGGUCCCCAGCGACACGCUGCCCCUCAAAAAGAGACGCACGGAAAAGCCCCCCGAGAGCGAUGACGAGGAGAUGAAAGAGGCGGCGGGGUCACUCCUGCACUUGGCGGGGAUUCGGUCCUGUUUGAAUAACAUCACCAAUCGGACGGCAAAGGGGCAGAAAGAACAAAAGGAAACCACAAAAAAUUAAAAACAAGUCACUGAUUUGUUUUGAACUUACGGCCAUUUGGUUUCAGCAUGUCAGGAGAUUUCUAAUGAUUUGUGGCAAUAUCAGCAAUUUAUUAUUAUUUUUUCUUUUUUUUUUUGGUUUGGUUUUCUUUCUUUUUUUUUUUUUUUUUUUUUUUAAUUUGCCCCCCUCCUUUGUUUUGGACCCUUAAGAAUUUUAUGUUUAAAGGAGAUUGAAGCCAUAGAACUCAUAUUGACACUCAGCUGUUUUACAAAAGCUUUUCAUUAUCUGAAGACAAAACCGAAAAAGCCAAAAUUACCAUUGCUUCCUCCAGCUUGUCAGAAACCCGUGGCUGAAUCCACAGGGAUGGCAACGAUAAUGCCACGGGGAUACACAUCCGGCACUUAGAAGGCACGUGUGCAAAGUAACCAUCGAUCAGGCCCAACCUUUAGGUUUAAAAGGUCAGGAUGUGCACCCAGUUGGGUUCGCUGAGUGAAUGCACAUAAGGCAACUGAGGAGAAGGAAGGACCCCUGGUCCCCCUAGGAGCAGACCCAAGCUCGUGGCACUGGGCAUCCAAUUGUGCCAGGAAAACCCUUGGCAUUGCCCCAAGCGUGCGAUGCAGGGGUGGGGAGGCGGUCACCAGUCCUCUGUGCUUCUUAACCGUGAAGCCUGGUAGCAUCUUCCGGGGUGGACACUGGACCGUUCGUGUUCAACAGGUGUCAGUGACUCAUGAGAAGAAACUGGGUCCGUUUUUAGUGAUGUUGCUAAUCACUGAAUUCUGUUCUACGUUAAAUGAAGAGAAGGUUCCACAAGCCAUAAGCCUGAAGGUUGGUCCUGCACACGCACGCAUGCGCGCACACCACACACACACACACACACCACACACACACACACACACACACACGAGAGAAAAAGAGAGAAAAAAACUGAUGCAAAAAGCAAGCUAUGUCUUCUUAACUGCCCAAGUGAAAAUCAAGUUCUAAGAAAUUACAGUAGCUGUUAACGAAGGAAAUCAUGGUACAAAUCUUUUUCUGUCUGUCAAAACCAUUUGAUCCAAGUGAAAACAAAACAAAACAAAAAGCUACAGAACCUGCCAUUAGUAUUGUGGUGUAUUUUUAAAAGAUGAAAGGCACAUUGAUGGACAAACUAAAGUAAAACAUGGCAAAAAAGAAAGGAAAACAAAUUCCUAUACUGCCCUCAAAAUGGAGUUUGCAAUUAUUGUCAGUCAGGAUUCAUCUUUGCGAAAAUCAAUGAUUUCCACAUUCAGCCAGUGUAGCCAGCAGAAAUUUCUGAUCCACAAUGCAUGGAAUUCCUUUGAAAAAAGAAAAAAAAAAAAAAAGAAAAAAAAAUCACAAAAACACAAACUUUUUUUAUUCAAAAAUAAAGUUCUUGUAAGGUAAACAAUGUAUUUAGCAUGAAGCAUGAAUUAUUUUCAUAUAAAUAUAGAAAAUAGAGAAAAGGCUAUGCCUCUAAUUUUUAAGCCCUUAGGCUUAGAGGUUCUUUUGGUUUUCUUCUUUUUUUCCUUUUAUUUUCCUUUCCUUUAAUUUUUUUCGUUGUUUUUUUCCCCCCUUUUUUCCAAUUAUUUUGUUUUUGUUUUUUGAAGCAGGUGUUUAAGGUUUAACCUUCUUCAGGGACAAAUUCUGACUGUUGGGGAGCUUACUUUGCAAUACAAAAUCUCUUCGUGUUCUGGUAGGGCCUGGAUGGUGGAGCUCUGCACUGCCUUGUCUGCACUUCAGCCCCGACCCCCUCUGAUUCUCUGUUGAAAAGUGUGUCCUUUCUCUUUGUCUGUACAUGUUUACCAUGACGCAAUAAUUUGAGGGCAAACUUAGUAGUGAGUGUGUAUGAUAGAAUCAAGAGAAUUAUGGGACGCUGACUUGAGAAAACCAUGACCAUGAUUUGGUUUCGAGGAAAAAGGCAGUGAAUAAUUAUGCAAAUUCACCAGGAGAAGGGGAAACACACUGAUGGGCCUUAUUGGAUGAGGGUGUGAGUUAGGGUACAUGGGAAGGAGGAAGUGACACGGGUGUUGGAAGGACCAGCCCCAGAUGUUUUCCCGUGACGCCAUCUCAUGGUGGGAAGGAGGGGCUGGCCGUCUACCACCUGGGCACACGAACCAACCUGGAAUGAAGCCCACCUAGAUUGUGAGCGCUGAAUCUAGACAACCAGAUGAUGCCACGCGGACCAGAAACUCCUGUUAUCUUUGCCUAAAAGAAAUGAUUUGGGGAGAUCCAGAGAACCCUCUAAAAGAAUUUGAUCUUCCACCCACAUGGAAGGGAAUUUUAAAACAUAAACAAAAAUGCCCACUCCCAUGGCUCAAGAGAGGAUGGUGAGGGAGAGGGAGGGCACUGGGCUGAUCUUGAUUUUUAAAACAGGACAGGGUGGGCCAUUGUGGAGCCCAUCUGCCAGCACCAGGCACUGUCAGAAGCUCCAUCAGCCAGGACGGUGGAAAUUAACUGGUGCAUUAUCUUCCUCUGGGUUGCUGAUGAGAGAACCUGAGGAAAAAAAAAAAAAAUAGAUCUACACUCCUACACAGGUCAAAUUCAUUACCUGAACCUGAAAACUUCCAGCAUACUUGUUCAGGGUGUAGAUGGGAAUAAGGAUGUCUUUUUGAAGUGCUCUGUUCCCUCUGUCUCCCCAAACAUCUGACACCCCAAAAGCCAUCCACAGCUGUGGAACCUGGGCGACACUUUUUGUGUUGUCACCUGACUGAGCCCACCGCAGUCCCCCACCCUCACCCCACCCCCAAGGUCAAAUUCAGACUUCCCUCCUGAAAGACAGAGGUAAACAUCCAGGACUGUUUCUGGCAGGGGAUUUCUUCCAAUUCAAACCCCACCGUGGGCUGUCUCCCCUCAUUUCCUUUUUCUAAAGGAGCAAAGGCCUCUUUUAGAAAAUAAUAAAAUGCAAUGUGUGUGAUUUACUUUUCUGAUCUCUUUGAGAAAUAGAUAAAUAUCUUAUAAAAGUGUGUUCUUAACUCCAGAACCACUCUUUUUGCAUAAAUACCUCAUCGGGCAGCUUUCUAAGUGUUAUUUUUCCUGAGUCUCCCUCAGUCCCUUCGUAGGAGCCGCUGGGAGACCUAGGGGAAACUUUAGUGAGGGUACUUUUUUCUAUUUUUCUUCUGUUUUUGGAGGCAUACACAUUAUGCAUAACCAAAACAAUGGCUCAAUUGUGUUUAACUUUGUAUUUUGAUUGUUGA